AGAAGAACUGUCGCCGGUACACGGUACCUUUGGACUUGUUUUGCUGGCCUUGUUCUCACCUUAACCUUCACCUUACCUCAGCCAUCCAACAUUGCCAAUCACCGUCUCGUCCUCUUGGUCUCUUGUGUCUCGCCUCCGCCUUUGCUGGGUCCUCGAUGCAACUUGAUGCCGCUACACCCUUGCGGAUAGCCGUCCGACACUACUUGGCACUCUUUCUCCCUCCCUACCCUACCCUACCACACCAACGCACCUCUUCAUCCACGUUCCGCCGGCCAAGACGCAUGCCACUACAGCCCUGCAUGGGCCAACAACGAGCCAGUCUUGGAACUUGGAACAGCCCUGCCCAUUCGCUGCCGCAGGCGGUACUCUACCCUUUUCCGCCGUGCCCCAACCCACCUUGCGCGUCUCAAACCAUGUACGUCGUCACCGUCAGUUCCACCUCCUGGUUUCCUGUCGGUGUCCAUGUCCAUCUCUCAGAUGCCAUCUGAGGCCCAUUCCUGCUGCACUCGCACCGGCCCUUGACCGUCGCUGUCCGUCCAAUACUCCCCAGACAGAGACACCUGUUCCCGCAUAUGAAUGCCUGCCGCUGCUGUAUAAUCCUGCACAACUCGCCACUGACCCUGGCAACUGACUCUGUUAACAGACCAGGCAUUCCCUUAUGUGGAGUUGGCAAAAUCGAUAGACGCUUCGCUCGGUCUGGUCCGGUGGUAAAUGCUCAGACCCAUGCCACCUCUUCUUUAAUUGCGCCUAUCCCACCUUCUACCACCGCCUUUCUCUCUUCGUGCUGGUCUCCGGCGGUGAUCAACUAGACUCCUCGAGCCUCCCUCCCCCUUUCCUUCUUCCUUUCACUGGUUGCGCCUGCCCCCAUUGUCGCCUCACAGUCUAUCUACUUGGAAAGGAGCAUCGUUCAGGGCGCAGCUCACAAAGGGUCGACAAAUAUCAGACCAUCUCGCCAUUCUCACUACCGCAGAUAGUACUCGAGGAUCGCUCAACCUACAAUCCACCACCCACGAAGUAACGUUGAUAAUUUCAGAACAACUCGCGCGGCAUGGCAGUUUCAACAGUGUCAUCGUAACCAAAUUCUAUCGGCUGGCCGUUUCGAGCACUGCCAUCCGCAACCCGUACCACUUCGAGGCGAUUUUCUCUACUUUUACUAGAUUGCAGACUUUUUGUCAUCUGGUUGAGGACUAGGGAAUCGUCUCAAAAUUCCACCUUUUAAACGUCAAGAUGGGCAAUGCACAGUCUACCGAGACGCAUCAUGAUUCACAUGUGCCAGGUGGAAGCAGCAGCAGAAAGUCACCUCACAAGUUAUCGAAACCUAGAGUCGGCAAUCAUGCCUCUCCCACACCCCAAUUACCGGGCCCCAGCCAACUAAGCAUACAACGUGCUGCAUCCGCCAGUCUGCCACCCUCUCGAUCGAAUUCGCGACUUCUGCCUGGGCAAAAUUCGCCUGCACCGUCACCUAUUUCUGCAACCGCCGGAUCUCAGCUUGGUGCAGUCGCCCGAGCACCCAGCACCGCUUCCAUGGCGGACCCAGAAGUGAAACCUGUGAGGGAUUGGAAGCGCAGGGCAAGCUUGUUCAGAUCAAAGAGCUCUCAAGAGCCCAGGAAACAAAACCGUAGGGAAAGCAUGGUGCUGAGCCCGCCUGUUCCAGACAGAAUGUCGAGGGCAAAUUCAAUGACCUGGGAGAGUCAGCAGGAAAUGGACAUUUCCAGGCAGUUGCAAGUUGAGAGCUGGCAUGUUCCCGGGAAUCGUCAGUCCAUCAACUACAAUCUCAUGUCAUACGAAUCGAGAAGGCUCCUGAACCUCAACGAAGAUCUCACCGCAUGCGAAGAGAACUCGAUGGUGUCUGAAAGCAAGUUCGAGGUGUCACCGAAUACUUGGAAAAGUUCGCAUCCGCACCAGCCAGUCCUUGCACAAUCAGUCAGCGCUCAGCUGCCUCUACCCCGAGCCAACUCAGAUUUGGCACUGUAUGCACCCGUACGGCGACGUUCCAUGAUCCAAACUCCAGGUCUUGCGACCCGAAUGCCGUCAGAAUAUGCUUCAUCUAGACGGUCGAGUGUGCGGCACAGCAUGCCUACAACGCCAGCAGGAGGGCGUUCGCGAAUGAACUCAUUAUCGGUCGACUCGAGCGCAUAUCCGAUCCCGACGUUGGAAGAAUACGUCGCUGAGCGAUUCGCCUCGGAGCCCGAAUAUCUGUGUGAACCAGUGGCGGAACCUGUCGAAAGAGCCUUGACCCCUUCUGAUAUGGAUUACCGGCCGCUAGGUGCUAUGAAGUUUGGCUCGCUGCGGAUCACGAAUGGAGAGGCCAGCCCGCUUCCAAGUCCGGAUUUUGAGCCAGCAGUUCAGGUCAGCAUAGCAGAAAAGUCGCAAAUGGUUGCUGUUGAGGAGUAUUUCAGUCACGAGAACGGAUCGGGUGGGACGGGCUUUGAGAGCAAGGACAUCGAAAUCACGGUCUCGACAGUGCAAGCCAGUGCUACUUCGCAGACACUCAGUCCGAUCAAGACUUCGGUUUUAAAGGCAGAAUCGCAGAGGCGGCGGUCAACUUCGCCACUCAGUCCAGAGUUGAAAAUAUCAUCCAAGCACACAGCAAUGGAAGACGACCUUUUUGCGGAAGAAGAUGAAGAUGUGCAAAUGGAGUACUCUGUCGAGGUCCUGACGGUCAGAAAUGACCCGAACGCAAAACCAAGUUUCGAGCGACUGAAAGCGGAUCAGUCUCAGAAACAUUCCCGAGCAAUUGCACGCGCCGACAGUGGAGUCGUUGCUAGCCCGACCACUGAGCACCAGCCCAAACCGCUGUCCAAGGCCGAUUCCGGCUACAGUUCUAAUGUCUCGCUGAGGUCGUUUCAUGCCAAGCAACCGUCUGCAGGCAGCCGUCCAGCUGGCCGUGCCGCAUCGGAGGAUUCGGGCGAUGAACUGUCAGACUCAGCCGCAUCCCCAACUGUAGCCGUCAGCGGCAACAGGCUGCAAGUCAGUGUUCUUAAGACUGACAUCCGCCCUGUUGAUCCUUCACAACUUGGCGCCUCAGUUUCUUCGUCUCUGCCCCCGAAGGACGAUUUUCUUGUCUCUCCGACUAACAACACAAUGACGGUCACAUCGCCCAAGUUCUUCUUCAACCUCAGCGCCGGUCAUUCCUUCCGCAAGGACCGGAAAUCUCCGGCCCCAGCGUUAAUUGACAGCACUCAAUCGGCCAAACAAGGCCCCGCUUCUCCGGCCGCCAUUCGUUCUCCCGGAGCUGCUUCCGAAAAGUCAAAUUCCUCCUUGAGCAUUGGCAACGGCUUGCAGAAACCUGGCAAGUUGCAAAGACUUCUCAGCGGCUCUGGGAUGCGAGGACCCCCGACCGUUCACGCAACGCAUCCGUCUGACGAAGAGAUACCCUCGGUACCCCAGGAUGUUCAGUCAAAGCUUGAGGAGCACUCUGGUCGGUUUCCUAUCACAACCAAGCGAUUGACUCUUCGUGCGCAGGCCAGUAAAGAGACUCUCAAGACCAUUUUCAGUGUCGGAAGCUUCGAUGCCGGCCAUGCCGACGACAAGCGCAGCUCUGCGCUCCUGGUCGAUGCCACUCAGGUUGUGAGCGAGGUGAUAGCAGAGACGCCUGGACCCUCUGAGAAGCCCAAGUCACCCUACCGCCGUUCCUUUCAGACUAUGCCAGCCUCGUUCGCUCAAGCUGCGGCUUCUGUCAUGCCGCGGCGCUCUAUCCACCGCAAGCCAGUGCCUUCUGGCGUUGCGAGCAAGGCCGAGUUUAUCGGCGAAGCCAGAGCCGACGAGAUCCAGGUCGGCUUCGAGUCGAACAUCACGGCCAUCGACAAUGUCGGCGAGAGCGUCGGCAAGAGUGCUUUCGACCAAGCUUUCAUGGCGCUACCUCGUGAACAGCCUGUUCAGACCCAACACAGUCGUACUCUGACAAUGCCGGCGCACAUGGAACGUGAGAUUGGGCUACGAUUUCGUCCCACCGAGCCUCUGCCUCCGACAAGCCGCCACUCCGAAUUCGCGUCUCAGAGUCUGCAGGUUCCCGAGGUGUCAGUGAAGAGGAAGACUUCUCCGCCCGUCAGUCUGCAUACCCGCAGUAGCACCAAGAGUCCCCGAAAGCCAGUGCCAGUGCGCCCCCAGUCAUCCUCGUCCAGCGAGGCCAGCCGAAGACAAACCUUGUCGAGGCAGAACAGCCGCGAGACCAUCCACAGCUACCCAUCGGCGUUGAUGGGGGCAUCACUCGAUGACGCUCUUGCUGUGCCGCCCAUUCCGCCAAUGAGCCCUCGCAGGGGCAUGACGAUGCUCGAGAAGCAAUACGCCAGGCGUCGCUUGACGACUGAGGACAAGUGGCGCCCUACCAAUGGUUCUUUUCCCGAGUUUGGCCAGCCAGUUACACGCAGCGCCUCCACCAACCCAAUGGCACAUCAGCAGCAGCGACAACUCCGUCAUCGAUCAAGCUACGACAGUUACUCGCAGUACCGGGGACCUGUUGCACGCGGACAUUCAGUUAUCAACCAGAGCCCGAGUCAAAGCGGCAGUUACUACCAGCAGCAGCUCUUAAACAUCCAACAGCAGCAAUGGGAACAGCAGCAGUACUACUCCCCCGACGCCGUUCAGCCGGGUCUUUCCAGAAGCCGCAGCCGGAGCCGUAGUGUGCACGCAAACGGUGACCAGCCCUAUAGAGUCCUCCACAGCUACAACUCGCCGGCGUACCGCAACGCACCAAUCUGGGGUUGAGUCUUUUUUCGGUGGCGUACCAAAUGCAGUAGCUGACCCAUCAUUUCACUUCUCGAGGUGGCCAGUCCCCUCAUACAUAAUUGCUCUUUUUUGAGCGUCCAAUACGACAUCAACCGAUUCUCGCCAACUUGCGCAAGCUGGCGCUGGUUUUGUCUACAAAGUUCUCUAUGUACAGUCUUGCAGCAUACGCAUUUCACGAUCAGGCUAGCAACACCGAUCGUCUCGGCAUGAAACUCGCGAUUUACGGAUUUUACAGAAAUGCGAAUUAUUCCGGUCGUUUUCCUUUGACACGAACACAUACACAACCUCGGAUAUACCCAGUGGUAAAAAAACACAACGGCCUGAUGAAACACGGAUAAACCGGCCAAUGACAUUUCUUAUACCCGAUAUCGAAACAAGAGGGGGGGUUCUUUUUUUCGAGGCUUUGUUCAUUUCCCAAUUCUUGGAACGGGCGGUAACACAGUAUACGUCAUUCUUGGGGAAACGUCUGCUUGAAACUUGGUUUUGAUUUUGCGCCGAACGGAGUUUGGAAUACCCACUUGAAAUUGUCCAUGAUUGGGAAUCAUUUGGGGAAAGCUGUAGUUCUGGUACACAGCUGAAUGGGAUAGUAUCAUCGGGAACAGGAGUGAUGCAAUAGGUUCAUUAGGUUUUCGAUUAGACUAGGUAGGGAUAGCAAGCAGAACCUGUCUGAACAAUAUCGAUG